GUGCAAGGCCUCGCCCUCGGGCCCAAGCGCGUAAACGCAGGAAUAACUGAGCAGAAAGUGGAAGAAAUACGUGCAGGAUGGAGAAUCGGUGCAAUGUGCAGUGUUACGGUCGGGGAGAGAUCCAUGAGAAAAUUGUGAAGGAGCUGGACAUCUCCUGUUGUGAAGAGCCAGGGGUUCCCUGUGUUCUCUUUGUUUACAGAGUGUCUCAUGGAAUUCAGGAUAUUCAAAAUGCCCUUCAAUGGGUCACAGGAGAAAGGAGAGUGCGGAAGGAAGACAUUUGUGCAGUGAUUCUAUUGCAGAAAUCUCGAGCUGUCGGAGAGGAGAAGAUAACAACAGAUCCAGGGUUAUUCCAUAAGGGAACUAAAGUUUUUUGCGUAUCCUGGAUGGAUUCCAGUAGUUGGUGGAAUAGAUCGAAGACGUACCAGUGCCCCACAGUGAUUCAGACUGUCAAACAGAGUCUUAUCGACAGGACCCGAUCCAGGGGAGGUAUCUGCUCCGGGUGGAGCGAGGAUCCACAGGACAGUGAGACCCUAUCAGUGCCAAAUGGACAGUCGGAUUCUCGGAUUUCUUCAAGUUGGAGCCCAGAGACGAAAGACAGUAGCUUGGAAAAGCUUAUCUGUAACGUGCAGUGUUACGGUCGAGGAGAGGUCCAUGAGAAGAUUGUGGAGGAGCUGGACAUCGCCCGACAUGAAGGGCCAGGAGUUCCCUGUGUUCUGUUUGUCUACAGAGUGUCUAAUGAAAUUCAGGAUCUUCAGAACGCUCUUCACUGGGUCACAGGAGACGGAAGAGUGUGGAAGGAAGACAUUUGUGCCGUGAUUCUGUUGCAGAAUUCCCGAGAUGUGGGAGAGGGGCAGAUAAGGACCUCUCCAGGGUUAUUCCACGAAGGGACAGCAGUUCAUCGAGUACUUUGGAGAGAAUCCAGCAAUAUUCUCAAAAGGAGAUCAGCUGACUGCCAGUGUCCAAAUACAAUUCAGGCCAUCAGACGGAUUCUCAGUGACAGAACCAGAUCCAGAGAACAUCCCUCCCCCGUAGGGCAGAGCAAGGAUCCACCGGGCAAUGAGACUCUGGUGCUGAGUGAACAAUCGGCUUCCUUGAUUUCUUCAGGAUGCAGCCAAAGGAAGAGCAGCUGGAACUCGGAGAGACUUCAGUGUAACGUGCAGUGUUACGGUCGAGGAGACGUCCAUGCGGAGAUUGUGAAGGAGCUGAAUAUCAACCAGUGUGAAGAGCCAAGGAUUCCCUGUGUCCUGUUUGUCUACAAUGUGUCUCGUGAAAUUGAGGAUUUUCGAAAUGCCCUGCAGUGGGUCACAGGAGACGGAAGAGUGUGGAAGGAAGACAUUUGUGCCGUGAUUCUGUUGCAGAAUUCCCGAGAUGUGGGAGAGGAGCAGAUAAGCACCUAUCCCGGGUUAUUCCAUGGGGAAACAGCAGUUCAUCGAGUACUUUGGAGUGAAACCAGCAAUUUUCACAAAAGGAGGAAAGCUGACUGCCAGUGUCCAAAUACGAUUCGGGCCAUCAGACGGAGUCUCAGAUCCAGAGAACAUCGCUCCCCCGGGUCAAGCGAGGAUCCACAGGGCAGUGAGACUCCCUCAUUGUGCAGUGCGCCCACCUCGAUUCUCAGUGAGCAACCAGAUCAUUUGACAUCUUCAAUCUGCACACAAGAGAAGAAUGAAAAUUGCUCAGAGAAGCUUCAGUGUAACGUGCAGUGUUACGGUCGAGGAGACGUCCAUGACGAGAUUGUAAAGGAGCUGAAUAUCAACCAGUGUGAAGAGCCAAGGAUUCCCUGUGUCCUGUUUGUCUACAAAGUGUCUCAUGAAACUGAGGAUUUUCGAAAUGCCCUGCAGUGGGUCACAGGAGACGGAAGAGUGCGGAAGGAAGACAUUUGUGCCGUGAUUCUGUUGCAAAAAUCCCGAGAUGUGGGAGAGGGGCAGAUAAGGACCUUUCCAGGGUUAUUCCACGAAGGGACAGCAGUUCAUCGAGUACUUUGGAGAGAAACCAGCAAUAUUCUCAAAAGGUGGAAAACUGACUGCCAGUGUCCAAAUACGAUUCGGGCCAUCAGACGGAGUCUCAGUGACAGAACCAGAUCCAGAGAACAUCCCUCCCCCGUAGGGCGGGGUGACAGUCCACCGGGCAACAAGACUCCAGUGAUGAAUGAAGAAUUGGAUCGUUCAAUUUCUUCAGGAUGCAGCCAAAGGAAGAGAAGCAGGAAUUCGGAGAAGUGUAAUGCCUCUGCAGGACUUGACGGACAUGGUGCACGUGUUGCUGGGGACUGCUGGAAAAGAUCAGGAUGUCAUCCAGGGUCAAGCGAGGAUCCACAGGGCAGUGAGACUCCCUCAUCGUACAGUGCGCCCACCUCGAUGUGCAGUGACCAACCAGAUCAUUUGGCAUCUUCCACCUUCUUGCAAAAGAAGAGCGAAAAGAGCUCAGAGAAGCUUUUGUGUAAUGUGCUGUGUUACGGUCGAGGAGACGUCCAUGAGAAGAUUGUGAAGGAGCUGAAUAUCUGCCAGUGUGAAGGGCCAGGGGUUCCCUGUGUUUUGUUUUUGUACAAAGUGUCUCAUGAAAAUCAGGAUCUUCGAGCAGCCCUGCGGUGGGUCACAGGAGAUGGGACAGUGCGGAAGGAAGACAUUUGCUCUGUGAUUCUGUUGCAGAAAUCUGGAGAUUUCAGAGUAAACAAGAUGACGACUGAUCCAGGGUUAUUCCAUGAGGGAACCAAUGUUUUUCAGAUAUUUUGGACAGAAGCGAGUGACACGUGGACAAGUACUGAUGAAGGCCACGCAGUGAUUCAGACCAUCAGACAGAGUCUCGUCAACAAGACAAAAUCCAGAGGAGGGUCCUGUCCCGGAAGCCCUGCCGGAGGAGGCCGGUGAUCACCUGACACACCCACCGUCUGGGGAAUCUGCUGCCCAGACCCAGUCUGAAAUGCUGCUGCUCCCCACGUCUGCCCUGACCUGCUCUGAACACGUCACUGAAUACAACUCAUCCGGUUCUGAGAAGCUCUGACUCCAGAAACAAACUGCAGACCCUCAUCCUGAACAAGGGUGUUUGAUCACAGUUAUUGCACUGAAAAUGUCUUGUGUUGCCUGCUCAGACCCUCUGUCUGCCCCACUGAUGGUCGAUAAAAGAGUGAUAGUGAUGUGACCCCUGUGAUGUGUACUACCCUCUGUCAGUGAUGAAAAUUACCCUCAACAGCCCAUAACCCUGGCCAUACCCCCACAAAGUGGCCUACUUAACACUCACACCACUCUUCUCCCCCUCCCCUUGGAGAGUCCUGCAUACCCAUUCCAUGGCCCUACCCCUAAACCUACCAACUUCAUCCUUCCUACACCCCUCCCCCCCCC